AUGCCUUCAAUAAAUGGAAAAGAAGUAGGCCCUAUUGGCUUCGGCCUCAUGGGUCUCACAUGGCGAGCUAACCCAUGCUCUCAAGAGCAAGCCUUUAAAGCCAUGCGCACUGCACUUCGAAAUGGGUGCAAUUUCUGGAACGGGGGGGAGUUCUACGGUACGCCUGAAUACAACAGUCUUGUACUCUUAGAACGAUACUUUGAAGAGUACCCAGAGGAUGCCCCUAAGAUUGCCCUCAGUAUCAAAGGUGGAAUAAAUCCCCAAACUGGCAGAUCGGUUGGUUCACCUGAUAAUACCCGCAGAACGCUUGACGACAGUCUUGCUCAGCUCAAAGGCCGCAAGAAGCUAGAUCUAUUCGAAUUCGCUCGUCGGGAUCCAAAUGUGCCCUUUGAAACUACCUUCGGCACCAUGGACAGGAUGCGCGCCGAGACCAUUCAUGAAGCUGUUAAAGUCGCCAAGGUCUCUGCCGUCGAGGUCGAAUUGUCGAUGUUUUCGACAGAGGUCUUGGAAAACGGGGUUGCAGCCGCGUGCGCCCAGUACGGGAUUCCACUUAUUGCCUACUCGCCAAUUGGCAGAGGCAUGUUGACGGGCCAGAUAAAGAAAAUUGAGGACAUCCCAGCGGACUCCAGGUUGCGACACUUCCCUCGGUUUCAGCCGAGUAACUUCGAAAUCAACCUUCAGCUUGUCGCGCAAGUCGAGCAAAUGGCCCAGACGGGGGCCUGCACACCGGCUCAGCUGGCGAUCAACUGGGUAAGGGCGCUGCAAAGACGUUCAGGGAUGCCGACCAUCAUCCCGAUUCCUGGUGCGACGACAGCGGAGAGGGUGGCAGAGAACAGUGUGGUCAUUGAUUUGACAGACGAAGAAAUGGCAGAGAUCGAUGCUACUUUGGCCAAAUUUACCACUGCUGGCGAGCUACCCUGCCCAGGCCCCCACCAACACCGGGUUACGCCGAGCACACGCUGGUCGAAGCUCAGAAACACUGAAACACUCGAAUCGAUAGAAGGCCAAUUUAUAAUGCCUGGCACCAUGGUGGAUGGGCCGACCGUGUCGAUGUCUUUUGCCAAUAAUUUUUGGGGAAAAGAUGAUGCCGGUGUGAUUCCGUUAUUGGAACGAAUGCAUAAUGCAAAAGUAACGUGUGACGAAGUAAAAUCCUUCUACAAUACUCGCGCUGCAAUUGAGGAUGAAUACGCACGAAAACUGCUCGCACUUUGUCGCAAGUCCCUCGGUUCGAAUGAGACCGGCACCUUACGCGUUUCUCUUGAUGUUGUACGAGGCGAGACAGAAGCCAUUGCAAAGGCACAUGCUGCUAUUUCGCAGCAGAUGAAGAGCGAAUUGGAAGAGCCACUAGCAGCAUUCGCUGGUGGUUACCUGGCACAAGGUCACAUGGUCAUGGGCCAGGAGGAGCGAAAGAAUAAGGCAAAGCUCGAGAAAACACAAAUUCAGCUUGCUUCAAAUAGCAAUGAAUACGAGGCAGCUGUGAAGGUUCUUCAGGAGACGACCGGUCGCUGGAAUAAAGAAUGGAAGGCGGCUUGUGAUAAAUUCCAAGACCUUGAAGAAGAAAGACUCGACUUCACGAAGAGCAGUUUGUGGGCUUAUGCAAACAUUGCCUCGACUGUUUGUGUCAGCGACGAUGCAUCCUGCGAGAAGAUUCGUGUCUCAUUGGAGGGUUGCGAGGUCGAAAAAGACAUCGGUAGUUUUAUUCAAGACCGCGGUACCGGACAAGAGAUUCCAGAUGCUCCCAGAUUUAUCAACUUUGCUCGUGGAGACAUCAAUGACACCAGCUCAGAAGCCUCCGACGAGGACAAUUAUUCUGUGGCACAGUUUCAAAGAGCCAUCAAUCCUGCCUUCCGCAGCUCCUCGCCUCAGCCUUCAACCUACGAAUCUCACCACGACCCCAGCUCAGAGUUGGCUGCUCAAAUGGGCCUACCAAACCUCGCCACUACAGAGAGCAGAGAAGCUGCGAUGAAUCCACAGAGGUCGAGCCCUCAACCAAUGCCGCAGAGUCAGCCUGCACAACCCGUCCAGCCUAUUCAAACCGCGCAGUCUCCGCAGCCGGUACAGCCUUCUCCUCUGGAUCUCAGACGUGGUGGUCAACUGCCACCUAACUAUGAUCCCCACCAGCAUGGUGAGAUUGGAAAUGUGCCUCACAAUUCCUACCCGACAGACGGUAUGACAAUGUUCUGCCGCACUGGACCUGCAUCUGAGCGUAGCUCGGCGACCAGCGCGUACAGGCCCUCUAGUCGAGAAGAUAACGCGAGUGACAUCUCCAACCCUACAUCAUUCUCAAGCCAAGAGCCUCCCAGCGGCAAGCAGUCACCAGUAAAGCAGCCAACCAACGGUGUUGCAAUCCCCGGAAUGACUCCGGAAAAGCAAAUUCAGAAGAAGCGAAGCGCCUUUUUCAGCAACAGUCCCUUCCGUCGAAAGAGCCGCCACGACAAAGACCGCCAGUCGCAGUCUUACUCUCGUAGCCCCACAAAGCCUACCUACAAGCAGCCCUCACCAGAGCCUCCACGGUCUACUAGCCCAGAGCCUGUGGAUCCCAGAGCAAACUUUCAGCUGAACAUUGGAAACAAUGUGUUCGAUGUAGCUUCGCCAGACAAAAUGCCCGCACAAGCAUCGCAGCCUCCGGAGGACGACCUUGACCCGAUUGCCAGAGCGCUUGCCGACCUCAAAGGAGUCGGGAAACCUUCAGCAGGCCGAGUUUCCGCAGACCGCUAUCAUGGCAUAGCAACGCCUGCUCCAUCUGCCACCAGUUCUACUUAUGGAAAUACUGGUAAUGCAGAUGCGCCGCCUCCUUCUUACAAUGAACCUACUAAACGACUGGACGCACCUCAGCCGGCAUUUACUUCGGCCCAAAUGCAAAAGACGACCCAGAAGUAUGUUGGUCAAGCUCAGAAUAUGUUUGGUGGAUCCAACAGUCCUCAAAAAGGCUCUACAAGGCCUCAGGCUUCUGCUCAAGAAGUGGCCCGUUCUCGGUCUCCUGCUCCAAGUUUUGGCGGACCCCAGCGUACCACUACAAGGGCUGCUCCGGCUCAAGACAUACCUCGUGCUCGGUCUCCUGCCCCAACACUCAGAAGAAGCGCCAGCCCUCAGCCUGCGCCUGGACCGGUAGAUACACGCGCCAAUCAGUACAGUACAGGGGCCGGAGCUCAAGGAGGAAGUGCAAGUCGUGCUCCGACAACGUAUCAGUCUAGGAAUUACAACGUGCGCAACACUCAGUCUCCAACUACGAACACUCGCCCGGGCAGUGAUCGUGGUUACUCGCCACAGCAGUAUUCUCGACACGCGUCCCCCGUUGAAGCUACCCGGCCAAUUUCACCACGUCCAGCGUUCGCACAAGAGACUCGCCCAGCUAGUGCUAAUGGAAUGGAGCUUCAACUCUCUGGAGGCCAUGUGGAGUCAUACAGAGGCGGCUAUGACUCUUACAAUGGACGUGGAGGGCAGAAUGCUGGCCGACCGCAAUCUAUGUACUACGGCAAUGGUGCAGAUUCCGUAUCACGAUCUCGCAGCAAGAGCAUUACCGUUGCCGAUCCUGGUCGACACCUGAGCCGCGAUGGUCGUCCGAUUCUGCAUUUUGCUCGCGCUCUGUAUAGUUACAAUGCCGCAAUCCCUGAGGAGCUCGGAUUCUCUAAAGGAGACAUCCUUGCGGUCUUGCGCCUACAAGAUGAUGGAUGGUGGGAGGCAGAAGUGACUGGAAGCCGAGGCCACCCUGGCUUGGUUCCAAGUAACUAUCUGCAAAGCAUUUAA